AUGGCGGCGCCCAUUGACAAGAAACCUUUCCACCCCGGCGCAGCACCUUUCGGGAAUUUUAUCAAUUAUUACUCAUUCAAUCCCCCGGAAAAUAGAAUCAAGUUAUUGCCCAAUAACUUCCUGCAAAAAAUUUCCAUCAACAUGCAUGAUAGUCGGCUUGUGGCAUUGGAUAUCGGGUGCAAUUGUGGGGAUUUGACAGUUGAAUUCUACAAUCAUUUGAAAAGAGAUGAGAAAUGUACAUCAUCUCAGAAUGCAGUUAACGAUCUGCAGAUCCUUGGGUGUGAUAUGGAUGACACACUCAUUCAAAGAGCCAACGAGUCAAACCCAUACCCACAGAAUAUCACGUUUAUAAAUUUAGAUGUUACAGAUGAAGUCGCAUCAAAUGCAGCAUUUAGACAGUAUUUGAACAAACACAACAGAACAAGAUUUGAUAUUAUAUCAUGUUUUUCAGUGACUAUGUGGAUCCAUUUACAUGGCGGAGACACUGGUUUGGAAGAGUUCCUUUUGACUAUUUCUAAAUUAACUGACUUUCUAAUCAUAGAACCGCAACCCUGGAAAUGUUACAAGUCAGCCGUGAAGAGAGUGAAGAAAUUGAAACUUGGGAAUGAUUAUUUUCCACAUUUUGAGUCGCUAAAAAUAAGAGAUGAUGUUGUAGACAACAUUGAUGCGUAUUUGGAAAGAAAAUGUGAGAUGCAACGUCUUCAUUGUUUUGGACAAACAGACUGGAACAGGAAACUCCUAUUUUAUGAAAAAAGAAACAAGUAA